AUGGCGCCGAAGCUGAGUUCCACGUCUACCCAAAACUAUUCUUUCGGGGUUUACCAUUCCGGCUCUGGGAUACGGAGUACCUUUACCAAGUGCACAAUCGCUGAGGACGUCACCGAGAAAACUCUGAAAGCUGGCUUCCGCCAUAUUGAUUCAGCUGCGGUGUAUGGAAAUGAAAGGGAGUGUGUCUCUGCCGUAGAAAAGGCUGGAUUGAAGCGGUCUGAAGUAUUCCUGACAACAAAGAUUUUACCGCAAGCUACGGGGUAUGAGGCAGCGAAGCAGAGCAUCGAAGACAGCCUGAAGAAAGCAAAAACUGAUUAUUUUGACCUAAGAAUCCUUCUCCAUGCACCCUUUGGAGGUAAAGAGGGUCGUCGCGGCGCCUGGCGUGCUCUGGCAGAAGCACAGAAGGCGGGCAAGGCCCGGUCGAUCGGAGUGUCCAACUUUGGCCUUCACCAUCUAGAAGACUUGGAAGAAUACAUUAAAGGUGGCGACGUGGGUAGAAUUGAAGUUGACCAAUACGAGCUCCAUCCUUGGCUUGGACGUGCCGAUUUGCGUGGUGUGGUUAUUGAGGCAUACUCCCCUCUGGCCAGAGGAACUCGAAUGGAUGAACCCGUUUUACGCGCAAUCAGCGAGAAACACAAGAAAAGCCCAGCUCAAAUUUUGAUUCGCUGGAGUCUUCAAAAAGGUUUCGUGCCCCUGCCUAAGUCUGCUACCCCGGAGCGAAUCCUAGAAAAUGCGAACGUGUUUGACUUCGAGCUGGAUGAGGACGACAUGCAGUCCCUGCAUACAGAUGACUAUGCACCUUCUACCUGGGAUCCUACCAUACAGCAGGAUUACAGAUGUUAUAGUAGUUGA